AUGCCUGUCUCUCGCACUCGACAGGGUGUAGUUAACAAUGAAAACGACGAGAACAACGCUGUUCAUUCCACAAGAUUAACGCGUGCCAAAGCUGCAGGCCUCUCCAAUCCCGACACGACCUCCCUGGCCAAGAAAGCUACCGUGAUGAAGAAGACCACAACUGCCACCAAUGGCACCCAGAGACGACGUGCCUUGGGCGAUGUGACCAACGCUGCCAAGGGUGUCGAGGUGGUCCAAGAAGGGAAGAAAGCAGCUGCAGGAAAAUCUGGACUCCCUUCAAAGGUUGCCCAACCCGCCACCGGGGGGGUGCAGAAAUUGUCACGUACCAACUCGUCGAGAGCUGCUCUGGGUGUCAAAGACAACAAUGCCAAACCAAAGGCUGGCUCGGAUUCCAAAAAGCCCGGCAGUGGCUCAGGUGUAAUGGGUGCUAAGAGACGGACACAAACCUCAACCUCAACCAUCCCCUCAUCCAAAGACGCCACCCCGGAUGUUGAAGAGCCGCCGCGAAAGAAGUCUUGCCUGGAGGAACCAGUUGAAGACGCUCAGCAGAGUGAAGAAAGCUAUGACAUCGUUGCCGACUUAGACGCAGAAGACCUUGACGACCCCUCGAUGUGUGCUGAAUAUGUUCGCGAAAUCUUCAACUACUAUCGCAGCCUUGAGGACAUUACCCAACCUAACCCGCACUACAUGGAUCAUCAGGAUGAUCUCGAGUGGAAGAUGAGAGGUAUCCUCGUCGAUUGGCUCAUCGAGGUGCACACUCGCUUCAGGUUGUUGCCCGAGACCCUCUUUCUGGCUGUCAAUAUCGUCGAUAGGUUUUUGUCGCAGAAGGUCGUUCCCCUCGACAAGCUCCAACUGGUGGGCAUUACGGCCAUGUUUAUCGCAUCCAAGUACGAGGAAGUGCUCUCGCCACAUGUCGGCAACUUUGUCCACGUCGCCGAUGAUGGCUUCACUGUCGAGGAAGUGCUCAGUGCUGAACGGUACACGCUGUCGACGCUGAAGUACGACCUCAGCUAUCCCAACCCGAUGAACUUCCUGCGCCGAAUUUCGAAGGCAGACAACUACGACAUCCAGGCUCGUACUCUGGGCAAAUACUUCAUGGAGAUCAGCCUCGUCGAUCAUCGGUUCUUGGAGUACAAACAGAGUCAUGUCGCAGCGGCGGCUAUGUACCUGGCUCGCAUGAUCUUGGAACGCGGUGGAUGGGACGCUACCCUCACCAAGUUCGCCGGCUAUUCUGAGGAUGAGAUCCUGCCCGUUUUUGACCUCAUGGUUGAAUACCUCCAGGCCCCAGUGGCUCAUGAAGCACUGUUCAAGAAAUACGCAAGCAAAAAGUUCCUCAAGGGCAAGUAA